UACCCGAGCAGUUUCGUUCGGCACGUCCAACGCGUAGCAUCACCAUAAUCAACAGGUGUCAAGACUGUAACUUGUUGCUCCGAAGAUUUAUUUACUUGGAAUUUGUGUUGGCGUGAACGUUUCCCUCUUUUCUCUCAUCAUUUCAAGCAAGUGAAGAUACUCGUGUAAAUUGCGCCUGCGGCAGCGUCGAGGCGUCGAGCUAGGCGUCCUUCAAAAAUUGUGGCGCAGCUCCUGCUCAAGGUUCCUUGAUGCUGUCACAUAUCACUUGAUUUUAUUAUACUGAACUCAUCAUGGCUUCCUUGGGUACGCGAGUUAAAGCAGCAACGACUCUGUCGAAUUUUGCUACCAUAGCCCUGCGAGGCUUGUCCACGAAGGUACAGCUGAAUCCCAAGGAUGACUCCAAGGAAACUGUAGUGAAGUAUUUGGAUGGCAAGGACAAUGGAAUUGCUGUGCUGGGAUUGAAUCGUCCAGAAGCCAGAAACGCCUUCAGCAAGAGUUUUGUCUCUCAGUUGUCGGAUACCUUGUCAAGAAUCAGAGAGGAUGAAAAUAUCCGGGUACUGAUAAUCCGCAGUUUGGUACCGAAGGUCUUCUGUGCUGGUGCUGAUUUGAGGGAGAGAGUCAAGAUGGAAGGUUCGGAGGUGGCGCAGUUUGUUUCAUCUCUUCGAAGUCUUAUGAACGAGGUGGAGUCACUUCCGCUUCCGGUGGUUUCUGCCAUCGAUGGCGUCGCUCUUGGCGGAGGUCUUGAACUGGCUCUAGCAACAGAUAUAAGAACUGCAGCAUCGGAAGCUAAAAUGGGUCUGGUGGAAACCAAAUUGGCUAUCAUACCUGGUGCUGGUGGUACCCAGAGGCUACCAAGGAUAGUAGGUCCUGCCAUAGCCAAGGAGCUCAUCUUCACGGCACGUAUCCUCGACGGCGACGAGGCCCAAGGACUUGGUCUUGUAAAUCGUGCUGUACCUCAGAAUAAAAAUGGCGAUGCAGCAUAUCAAGCAGCUUUAUCCAUCGCCAGGGAAAUCCUGCCAAAUGGUCCCAUUGGUGUCAGAUUGGCCAAAGAAGCAAUAACCGAGGGCACCGAUUUAACUCUUAAGGAAGGAUUCGAGGUCGAGAAGAAAUGUUACUCUCAACUCCUGGAGACCGAAGAUCGUGUCGAGGGUCUGGCAGCCUUUACGUCGAAACGUGUCCCGGUCUACAAAGGCAUGUAAAGAGAAAUAUAAAUAUAUGCAUAUGCAUAUUUGUACACGUUGCACGUCGAUGAAUACGCCAGAAUGAACUUUCGACUCGGCAAUUAACUAUUUAACCAGACAUUUAAUUGAUGGGCCUGAAUUGUUUCGUGACAAAAAAAUUUUACCACAGCAAAAAUAAAUGGGCCGCUUAUGUUUGUUAAACGUGUGAAACAAAUGUGAAUCUUAGAUAACUGAACAUCUAGAAGACGUUAUUUGCGGUUAAAUAGUUAACAGUCAUUAACGCUUUGAGUCUUAUAAUUAAUCACGUGGACUUAAUGUUUUAGCACGUCUUAAGAAAAAUAAAUAUUACUUGUUUUAAUAAUA